AUGUCUCUACUACCCCUUAUUGUGACUCUAGUAUCUACAUGGUUGAACAUUCCCGUCCCAAAGGAAUCAAAGUAUAAUUUUUCCGACUUCAGCUUGGAUGCUGAUUGGACUGCAGAAAUCGGAGAGGCUGCAGAUCGAGGGCCAGAGCCAGAAGCUGUUGUGGAUGUUCUCGAAACUUGGAUCAAGAAAUAUCCCGGCGAUAUUCUCUUAGAGAAGUGGGUGUAUGACACUCUCGAAGCUGCGCGAGGUCUCAUUCUUGCAGCCGGCAACACUUUGCCAGUCCUCGACGUGGAAGUAGAUUCUACGAAGCACAAGCCAGUCAAUGUCAAUAAUCAUCAACCCGAGAAAAGAAAGAAGCGGCAUCAAAAACGGCUCCUUCGUGAUCAACAACCUGAGAAGCCAACGGUCGUUCCACUACCUGCCCGACCACCUAUGAAAAGAGAUAUCGCAAUGAACGACUCGGACGAUGAGACCAGUGAGGGACGUGGCCUGAUGAUGGUGAUGACGUUUCCUUUCUCAGACCAGCCUGUGCAGCUUGAGCCAACCGCUCCCGUGAGUCACGGACCUCCAUUCGAGCUGACGGCUGGUGCUGUGACUUCAUCGACGACACCAAUGGAUGACGAGCGGGAGAUAUGGGAGUCUGCAGAGUAGAUUACAGUCAAUUAGGUGAAAUUCACCUGCAAAUUAACGCAAAUUAGCGUCUGGGAACCCCCGUCAGUAAAUUUGCGUGAAUUUCGUGUCAUUCACACCU